AAGAAGGUUGUCGCGGCCUCGGGCGGAGGGGUGCCGGCCGACGGUGCAUCCCGGAGAGGGGGCGGUGGCCUCGAGCGAGGAGAAGUUGCUGUGGCCUCGAGCGGAGGGGUGCCGACGGCGCAUCCCGUCCCGGGGAGGGGGCAGCGGCCACGGGAGGGAUUGAGUGGAGAGAUGCCGCAGACGAAGGCUACGGUCUCGACCGGAGGAUCUGCCGCCCUGGCUGCCCUUCACGGGAACACAACUGCCCAGGAUUCCGAAGAAUCCGCCGCCAAGCACCGUACAAAGAAGGCACGCACGGUCUCGAGCGGGGAGACCUCAAUGGUGGAUGCCGAUGCCAGCUUGGGUGGAGACAUGGCGCACGGCCACCCUGCAAAGGAGCCUGAUACUGCCAAGGACUUUCAGAAAUCUGAUUCAGACGAGACUGUACUACAUGCCAAGGAAGAAAACGAGGAGGUGAAAGAGGCGGAGCUUCUGAUCCAAAUGAUGAAUGAUCUGGGCAUAGGAGAGCAUGUCAGCGACGACGAGUUCAACGCUUACUUUGAUCAGCUACCUUCCAUGCCUCGGAUCUAUCCUGAUGCUGUCAAACUGACCAGCGAGGAGCUCGACAAGCAAGUCGUUCGCCUUGCGCUGUACCGCUUCAGAUCUUACAAACACAAGGUGAAAGAGGAGGGGAAGGACGAUACGCUGGGCCUUAAGGACGUUUCUGAGGACGAGUGUGAUCGACAGUUUCUUAAGAAGUGGGGAUACUUCAAGCCGAUCGAGGAAAAUUGGACACUUGAUUGGUAUUUCCACCCUGAUUACUGCAAAGAUCCUUCUCUGAGUGACUACCAACGCCUAGUCCUGCGAAAUUAUGGUGGUACUGAGUACGGCAGGUGGAGUGGCUACCACGAAUUCCUUUGUAGCCAUGUCAUUGAAGAAGAGUAUGCCAAUUACUGCGAGGAACUAUUCAAGCAACUACAGUGGAUGGAAGGUUAUCUAGAUGCUCGCCGGCCAUCUUAUAAGUGGGAUUGCAUAUCCUCCCGGGGAGCUUUCCAAGCAAUUAAGAUCGCUGCUACUACCUUCCCCAAGAUCAGUGCGUCUUUAGCUUACUAUGGCUACCAUGAGUGUAUAGCGAGCAUGGGCUAUGACAGUUUUUGGUUUAAGGAGUUGGACGGUGUCUAUUUUGAGAUUUGGCGGCGGGUCACGCAACGAAUGAUGAGUUUCAGAGAAGCUCUAGAGGAGGUUUAUAAUCUGGACAGGUUUCCAUUACGCCAACAUAGGAUGAAAGUUGCACUGGAGGAUGACUACAUCAUGGGGAGAAUGAAAUCGGAGUACCGUGCCUGCACGGCAGCCAUUACCCCGGAAGUUAAAGAGGAUGGAGCUAAGGAGUUGAUUGCAGAGGCAAUUAGAAAGCGGAUUAAUAAGCCAAAGUACUAUGAUGAGUACAUCAGAAAGAAGAUUCACAUCGCCCGCGUUGUUGGAAUCAUUCCUCCGCUCUAAGGAUUGAAGCAACAGUGUAAUCAAGAUUCCGAAGAAUGAGAUGAGCGUCAAACAAGCGUUGUUUAUGAGAUUACGAAAUUGAACCAUCCCUCGUCCUUUUGCACUGUGAUGUGCUGCCCACAGUGGUUGUGCGCGCAGAAAUGCUCGUGACCUAUAAGAUAAUGUGAUAGAUCAUUUAUGCAGCUUUGGUGAGCAAAUAUAGUGGUUAAUAUAUUGUUAUUAUUAUUAUUAUGCAGAGAUUUUCUUUACAUUCCAUGGUUUUCCAGUGAUAGUUACGGUGAUGAAUCUCUUCUUUCCGAAUUAGUAAAAAGAAUGACUUAUAUUUCCCUAGAGAGCUUUUUUUAAAAUGCUGAGUAGUAUGACAUGAUCGGAUACACAUAUGGUAGCUUCUUCAACUGUCAGUAGCGGGACGUUCUCUCAAUCGGGGAAGGUUUUUGGUGUGGUAAACGGAAGUAGAUAAAUCUUGGUCACUGUUGUUGUUUUCUCACCCACACAAGGACAACAUUGCGCUAACCAAGUGGCAGCAAAAGAUGCACUAAUUCAGGUUCUUCACGCCUCUGAAGAUUAUACUCCACUACGGAGUACCAGAAGUAUCAUGGCUGGACUGAAAAGGAAACCCACAUGGAGUGACCAAACGACCCACAGCUUCACUGCAGGAACUCAAACCAAAAGCAGACACCAUCAAACAAAGGACCAACGCAAGAACUUUUGCCUACAUGGAAACUGCAAAAAAAGAAAAAAAGUCAGAACAAACCCACAGCUUCACAAGGCAGCUUGCUGUUUACCAACGUGCGAUUUGGGAGCUUGAGAGCUGAGAGCUGGUAGUGAUUUCGGGCCGGCACCAAACCGUCACAUCGCCGCAUCUGUAUUUUGGUGCCUCGUCGUAUCGGCUCGGCGACUGAGCCAGGACAGACAGGGACACUGGAACCAGCAAAUAUACUGCUAGUAGAUCACCAAACUCUCGGGAGCUUACUGCUCACCAACCUCCAAAUCCCAAAAAUAUGUAAUGAUGCAGUGUGGUCUGUGCUUGGUCCUCAGCAUAAUGGACCUGUCUGCCUGUCUGAAAAAAUCACAUAAAUGGAUACAUAAAGAGUGCACCCAAUCUUCCACAGAAUUCUGCACCCUGAAAAAUCUACCAGAUCCCAAGAACAGACUCUAGGAGACAAUGAUCGACAAACUUGCUUGUUUAGAGAUCAAAAAAGCAACCAAACUUUGAGUUGGUCUCUGUAACAUAUAAACUCUCAACCAUACAUAAGAAUCAGGUAAUGUGAAGACAUCAAUCAACCUUUAUUCCCCAAUACAACAUGUUCCAAUCUCAAAAGCGAGCAAUGGAAAAGAGAUCCUGUAUGCGUGGAAAAAUGCCGUGGCAUUGCAAAAUAGUUACCAUACUAAUGCUACAGAAUCCUGCACCGGAAAAAACCUACGAAAAUCCUGAGAACAGGAAUACUGCCUCUAGGACAGAAUGAUCGUCAAACUUGCUUGUUUAGAUGUCAGAAAAGCAAACCAAACCUUGAGUGGGUCUAUUUGUAACAUAUAAACUCUCAACCAUAUAUAAGAAUCAGGUAAUCUGAAGACACCAAUCGACCUUUAUUCCCCAAUACAACAUGUUCCAAUCUCAAAAGCGAGCAAAUGGAGAAGAGUCCCGCAAACGCGGUGAAAA